CUCUGACGAGCUCUUUUCUGCUUUCACGCGCUAUUAUUCUGCCACUGCACACAAUGACGAUUGACUCAUUUGAUACAACUUUUACCGCACAAACGAGAAAUGAAACAGUGCUAAAGACCGAGUUCUGCGGCUUGUGAGGCACACAUCACAGUCCGGAUCGCUUUAUAUAUAAGCCGGACGGGACGCGUGUGCCAGCAUGUCGGAGGCUUGCGGACCCUUCAGACAGCUGGAGUGAGUUUUAUAGCUACAUGUACGACUUUUAUAAUAAGGAGCGCGUGGAACCGAUAGAAAGUCUCGACAAAACCUUUUUCUUUAGGGAUUUGCCAGUUGAUUUUAGUACCAUUCCGGGGCCAGACAGCGACAGCGAGGAGGAGUGGGGGAGUGAGAUGGAGUGGGAGAGUGAGAUGGAGGAGGAGGAGGAGGAGGAAGAAGAAGAGGAGCUGAUUGACCGACUGAAUUUAAUGCUGGUGGAGCAAUGCUUGAUACCAUUUGGCUACCGAACCAGGUAUGACCCAACCGCAAAAAGCCGGAAGAAUCCAGUUCACGCGGCAGUUGAUCUGCUUAUGAAAUAUCUUCUGCAUAUAAGUCACUACCGGUUUGUGUAUGACCGAACAGACGAAGACUGCUGUACUACCACUGUGUACUACCACUGCUGGCAGGAUGAGUCUAAAGUCAGGCAUACGCAUGUUCCGAUUAUCCGCGAUGAGCAAUGGGAUGAAGAAAAGUUACCACUGCACCAGUGCGAAAGCAUUCUCGCUUUUCAAGUGGAUUUGCAGCGGCGGACAGCCCGCUUGACGUUGAGACACCGAUCCCAUGAGGCAUAUGUCAGGCAGAACCGAGGUGAUGAAGGAGAGGAGAGAGAUGGUUUAGUCCUGGCUGAGAUAUUCCUAAAGGUGGCCGUGAUUUUACUAGAACAGGAAGAUAAGGGGAAUAUCAAUUUCUUAAGAGCUGCGGAACGUCCCAUUAAACGUCUUCACCGGCAUCUCUUUGGUUUAGCGAAGGCCACUUCAGGAUUAGAUGCCCAGACGCACAAUGAUGAUGGGACAGAAGACAGCGAUGAUGGUGCAAAUCGUGGAGUUGCGUGGGCCGAUCUUUAGUUGUGUUCAAUUAUAUCUAGCAUCAUUUUCCAUUCUGUUGUCUCUAUAUCUGUUUAUCUUUAGUUGUCUUGGUCAGUGUUGUUCGCCUAGAAGAUUUCUUGUUCAUAAAUAUAUUCGGUGUAGGGUUUCAAAUCUAC